UAUAUAAUAUAUUUAUAUUUAAAGAAAUUAUAUAAAAAAUGCAAGCCAAACUCGUCUUAAGUCUCAUGUUCCUGCUUGGCAUAUUGACAGGGCAGAGCAUUGUACUAGGUAAAAAAGUUGAAAAACGUUGUUUAAAUUGUUCGUAUAAUGGACGUACAUAUUAUACAUACCCGGACGGUACCACAGUACAGAGGCUGAUAUAUCAUGAUCAGACUGCAUAUCAAUCUCGCGCUGAUACAUAUGGUUGCCACGGAAAUACUUGCGGUGUGAAUGCUGUGUGUCAGGAAGCUGCUGGUGGACGGCCAGUUUGUUCUUGCCCUCCAGGUCAUAGUGGUAAUCCAGCCGUUCAUUGUAAUCGCGGUGAAUGUUUAGAUAAUGUCGACUGCCGUGGUGAUUUGCAGUGCAAGGACGGACGUUGUGUCAAUCCUUGUGUUGGCGCUUGCGGUUUAAGUGCUAAUUGUGAAGCUAGAAAUCAUGUUGCUGUUUGCAGUUGUCCAACAGGUUAUGUUGGUGAUCCAUUCACUUCUUGCAGACGUGUUGAUCCAGAUGAACAGUGUCAUCCUAGUCCAUGCGGCGUAAAUACCAAAUGUGAAAUUAUAAAUGGUGUACCCACCUGUUCCUGUGUUCACGGCUUUACGGGAAAUCCAUUAAGUGGUUGUCGUCAUGAAUGUGAGUAUGACGGAGAUUGUACUGCACGUGAUAUGUGUCUCAACUAUAAAUGUGUGCCAGCAUGCAAUCAGUGCGGUGUUGGAGCUACUUGCAAUACUGUUGCCAAUCACCGCGCAACUUGUGAAUGUCCAAAAGGUUAUAUCGGCAGCCCUUACACCGAAUGUAAGCCAGAGUGUUAUGGCGAUGUUGACUGUCCUUCCAACAGACCUGCAUGUUUCUAUGGUAUUUGCAAAAACACUUGCGAAGGUGCUUGCGGUGUAGGUGCCGAUUGUAACUUACGUGGUUUAACUCCAGUUUGCAGUUGUCCUAGAGAUAUGACAGGCGAUCCAUUCAUAAGUUGUCGUCCAUUCACAAAAGAGGAUCUUUGUGAACCUAAUCCCUGUGGUACUAACGCCAUUUGUAUACCUGGUCAUGAUAACACUGGCCGAGAACGUCCCGUUUGCAACUGCCUCCCAGGCUACACUGGUAAUGCAUUAUCGUAUUGUUCGAGGGGUGAAUGUUUAAGUAACAACGAAUGCCCAGACAACAAAGCAUGCAUUAAUUAUCAAUGCGUUAAUCCUUGCAUUGGUAAGUGUGCAUCAGGUGCCACCUGUGAACCAAAAGCGCAUUUAGCUGUCUGCACUUGCCCUCGUGGACUGUCUGGAGAUGCGCUGAUUUCGUGUCGCCAAACUCGUACCUUUCCCGUUGCAAAAUAUCAUUAAAAUGUGUGUGUGUGACUGGUACGGUAAUACAAAACUGCCGCUGUGAACUUUGGUUAACUUCAACCAAUAUUCCAUAAAGCUGAUAUAACUUAUCUUAACCACAAAUAAUUUGUUUAAAUAUUUUUAAAUUAAAAUUAAUUUAUUUUCUUUUGUACGCUUAUUAAUUUAUUAAAA